CGAAGAUCGUGCUGAGAGUUUUCUCUCGCAGUCGAACGGAGAAACGGUCGCGAGUUCAAGUUGCACCGGCUAAACGAAAUCGGAGCGAUUAUUAAAUUACGGUUUAUUGAUUGAUUAAAUACGCAUUUGUUUUUUUUUUGUCGGUUUAAUCUAAAGACUAAAGUAGUUGCUGUUGUGGCGUGUGAAGCGUUGAUGUUGACGUCGACGUCGACGUCGUCGUGCGUUGCGAAUAGUUUUGCGGCAUCAUUUGUUUCGGUUUAAUUAUUUGUUUAUUUUUUCUAUUAUUUUUUUGUUUUAUAUUUUGUAAACUGUGUCGCAUAAAUAAAUCAAUUAAUAAUAGCAUAUUCAAUUUUGCUGAAAGCAAGAGGGCGACAACAGUGACGAAGAAGAAGUAAAGUGCGAUACGCGAAUUGAUGUGAAGUGUAAAGUGCGUGCAAUUCGAAUUGGAGCAGCGAGACACCAUCAGAAGAGGAGACAACGCUGCGACAGUGACAACAAUUGGCCUGUGGCUAAAUGUGUGUUUAGCCAGCACGUUCCAAAAGCUCUCUACACACGCUCAGCUCUGUCUAUGUGCCUCUCUCUCUCUCUCUCUCGCUCUCUCUGUGUGUGAGGCUGCCCACCUGCCGCAUAAGCAAAUCGAGCACGUUAAUUAAAUGUCAACAGAUUCAACGUUUGAGAAGAGCGCGCGGGACGCGAAAGGACGCAGCGACGUUGGAGAAGAAGAAGCUGAAACAGCGACGGCGACAGAAACUGAAACUGAAAUUGAAACUGAACUCGAAGUCGCAGAGUUGAGUAAAGAGAGAAAGAAAUAAAAAAAAAGACGACAGCAACGAAUUGAAAUUGUGCAAAAUGUUUGCAUGACUGUCAAAUAAAUCAUAAGAAGCCACGAUAAAGCAGCAGCAACAACUACAAGAGAAACAACAACCACGCGAACAAGCAACAACAACAACAAAGAUAUUCAUAAUGGUUAAUGCUGUGAUGGAUGCCAUUGCGCUGCUGAGUUCGCUGGCCAGCGAUCUGGAUGUGAUGCUGAAUGAUUUGCGUUCAGCGCCGAAUCAUGGCACAACAACAACACCAGCAACAGCGACAGCAGCAACAGCAACAUCGACAGCGACAGCGGCAACGAUGACGGCAACAGCAACAACUAUAAACCAGCAGCAGCAACAACAGCACACGAGGCAAUUGCAGUUGCAGCAAUGGCAAAGUUUAAGCAACAGCACCAACAAUAACAACAACAACAACAAUUAUACCAACAACAAUGGCUGUAAAAUUAAUAAUUAUAACAACAACAACAACAUUGGCAGCAAAAACAGCUACAACAAUAGCAUCAGCAACCUCAACAUCAGCAGUAACAACAACAAGAAUUACAACAACAAGUAUCAGAACAGUCAACUGCCACGCCCACAAUGCCUAAAUGACAUUAAAUUGCGAGCUGCCAAAACGGCCAGAACAUCAACAACAGCACCAACAACAGCAAUUGCCACAGCAACAGCAGCAACCACACCGAGCAAGACAACACUGCAGCAGCAACAGCAGCAGCAGCAAUCGAAUGUCUUGCAACGUCGCCGCUUUACAGCGAAGCUGGCGACGCCAUCGCCACCUCAACAACAGCAGCAGCAGUUGCAGCAACAGCAACUGCAACGUCGUUCAACGCGUCGACAGCAGCAGCAACAGCAACGGGCUGAGCUGGAGGCAGACGCCGAUACGGAUGCCAGUGAUGUGGCCAACAUGACGUCACCAUUGAGCGCGAGUGCUGCGGCCACGCGCAUUGUUGGCCUCUCGCCGGACGUCAAGAGGUUGCAGAAGUUGCCGCUGUGGUGUCGCAGCAACCAAAGCAACAAUAACAACAACAACAACAGCAGUAGCAGCAGCGCAAUUGCAGCGCAGCGUCGUCUAACAACAACCACAACAACAACAACAACGCGUCAACAGAGUCAAUUUCACAAUGUGCAUCAUAGCAUGUCGCAACAACAAACGGAUUCGCAGUGUGUGGAUACCACAGUGAUGAAGCAGCAGCAGCAACAGCAGCAGCUGGCUGAGGAUAACUCCAAAGUGGAGGUGAUCGUAUACACCAAAUCGGACAAAACGCUCAAACAGAACAUGAACGCCAAGGACGAAACGCUGCGCAAACGCACCUCGCUCAUUAUUGUGCCCCAACAGGUGACCGAGAGUCUCGAGAGUCCCGACGGCGGCGUCGGCAAUCGCAACUCCAUCGCCAGCAUGGACAGCUGUGUCUCGACCAACACCAGCCAAAGCAAUCAAUCGAGCUCCAGCUCGAGUUCCAGCUCCAGCAGCAGUUCAGAGGACGCACAUGCCGCCUAUCAGGAUCUGCAGAAUGGCAACACGGAUGAUUUGGCCGCUCUCCAUUCGCCCAGCUGCAGCAGCACCUCGGAGUCGACAUCGUGUUGCAGCUCCGUCGAUUAUUCGUUGCGCGAACAGUUGCACAAUUUUGCCAAUCAGGAUCAACAGCAAUUGAAGUGUGUCAACGAUUUGCCAACUGCUGCUCAACUGCUGAAGGGCAUGACUUUGCCCAUGGAUCAGUCGAAUGUGGCAUCUGCUGUUGGGGGUGCUGUGGCACCGCAUUGCGAUACGCUGCUCAGUCCGCAAGAGGCGCCACUCGGUCGCAGGUAUGCCGAGGUGGCACAGUUCAAGACGCACGGCAAGGCGAGAACAAGUGAACAGCUGCCAUCUGCUGCUGUUGGUGUCAACGCUGAUGCGACAACAACAACAACAGCAAUAGCAACGGCAACAACAAACACAGCGAAUAACCAAGAGAAGCCAGAGAUUGUUUCUACCAACAAUAACUACAACAACAACAAUAACAUUAACCACAAUGCGCCACAAUCACAAACGAAUAACAACAAAUUAAAUGGCCAAACAAAUAGCCACAACAACAUCAACAACAACAACAUGACAGCAACUAGCCAAAUCGAUGCCAAAAAUGGCAGCGACUGCAAUCAUCGCAGCAGCAGCCUCGACCCCGAUGUCGAUGGCGAUGACGAUGUCGUCGACUUGGCCCACGGCGGCGCCUUCGAGGAUGACAUGCAGGCCCUGUUGCCCAAGUGCACGCGCCGCUCGAGAGAUGAGCUCAGUCAGUCACGCACAUCUCUCGUCUCCAGCUCGGAGGGCGGCAUUUUGGCAGAGGGCGAAACAUCGAGCGAUGAGGAGAGCUCCCGCGAUUCGAGCGACAAUUCACCGCCAUGCGAUUUGGGUCUGAUGGAGCGAUUGCUGUUAACGCAUCCCAUGUGGUUUUUGCCCGGGAUUCAACGUUCCGGUGCCGUUCACUUGCUGCAGGGCAAAGAGGAAGGGACUUUCAUUGUGCGCGGCUCGAGCCAACCGAAUACGAUGGCUGUGUCAGUGCGUCUGCCACAGGACACAGGACCCUACAUCGAACACUAUCUGAUACAGUCGCAGGACAAUAACAUACUCAGCCUGGAGAGUUCACGCUUCAAAUUCGGCUCGAUUCCCGCACUCAUUGCCCACUAUGCGCAAUGCUGCGACGAGCUGCCCGUGCAGCUGAUGCUGCCGCGUGUUUUACGUGAAGCAAACAACCGCAAGAAGCUCUCGUCUCUGGCACUGCUCGGUCAGGAGUUCUGGAGCUAUGCCAGCAGUCCGGCUGUCCUAGGUCCCCCAAAGCAGCUGCAACAGCAGCAGCAACAACAGCAACAGCAACAGUUGCAGCAACAGCAACAGCUGCUGCUCGAUGCCAAGUCGCCGUUGUCGCUGACCGAGACGAGCGGCCUGGGCACCGCAACCUUCUUCAGCGACAAGCCAGAGCGGCAGCCACAGUCGGCGGUGGCACCACAUCAAGGUGGUAACAACAACAGCAACAACAACAACAACAACGUGUUCAGUCCAACGGGCAGCGGCCAGCUGUUGGGCUUCUUCAGUCAGGCGGGCACGCCGUCGGACACCAACUCCAGCAUGAGCUCAUUCUGCACCAGCGGGGGACAGCACAUGCAACAGCUGCUCAGUCCCAACUCGGUGGAUUCGGUCAUACUCACGAUGUCCCCGGUGGACGCUCAGGGCUAUUUGCCAGGCGGCGCAAUGCUCGAUCAACAGCAAGUGCCACAGCAGCAGCAGCAGCCACAGCAACAGUUGCCAACGUUAGGCAACAGCAACAACAACAGCAACAGCAACAAUCUCAGCACGUUCAAGACAACAGCAGCGAGCGGCGAAGUGGAGCAAGUGCAGCGUCCGCAGCGACCAAAGCCGCCAAACACGUUGAAUCUCAAGCCACCGGCGCCGCCGAUGCGUUGGUCCAAACCCCAUUCACCGGAUCAGCUGAACAAUAACUUUACGGUGACCACAACUGUCACCUUCUCAAUGGAGAACGGAAGCAACCUAAGCGGGGGAGCCGCAACUCCACCGACAACCAAAUCGAAUCCAGCACAAUUUGUGGAGGUAACGACGCCGGCGUCAAGUAAUCCCUUCAACGCGCUGCUCAACUCGCAGGCCAGCACGAGCACGUUCCAGACAUUUGCCAAACGCUUGUCGCCCGAGGGCGAGUGCAAGGACACGCUCUCGUCGCAGGGCACAUCCUCCUCGAAUGACAGUCGCUGGCAAACUCAUUCGCAGUCGAGUCGCGACUCCACGCACAGUCAGCGCAAGAUACUCUCGCCUCUGACGCCGAGCAGCGCCACAGGAUUGUUGCCCGGCACCGGCAGCAGUGGCAGCAAGUCGCGCAAGUCACGCAUCCGGAGUAAGGAGUCGAAACACUAUCAGGAAUCGGACAUACUCGAGAGCCCGCCGGCUCAGUAUUGCGCCAGCGCAUUGAGCGACAAGAUCAGCGACUACGAGGACGUCUGGUCGCAUGAUCCCAGCGAUCGUGCCAGUCUCCUGACCAGCUUCAAGCCGGGACUCGAUGCGCACGGCGGUGUGCUAAACCGACGACCCGAUCUGCUCGCCGAGACACCCAGCACACCCACGCAACAACUGCUUUCGCCCUGUGAAGACACCCCACAGCAGCAGCUCGAGAGCAGCCAGCAACUGUUGCAGUUCUCCGGCGAUGCAGCGCCACGAUCCCGCGCUGGACUGCAGCUGCCAAAUCUGGCGCCAGCCAUGACACAAUCACUCACGGAGCACAGCACUGCCGAUGACGGUGGCGACACGACACCCACAGCCCAUGCUCAAACGCCCGGCUCUUCGCGCAGCAAGCAGGGCAGCCCCUUCUAUGCCGAGCCCGCCGAUGCAUUGCGUCAGGCGGGGCUAACUAAUGCAGCGGCGGCGAUUUUACGACGACAGCAACGCAGCCAACUGCUGCCGGCGAAUCAACGACACUCGGAGCCACUCAAAGGUGGCUUGGCCACCACAGCGGCGCCACUUUUAAUGCCCGCCGAUCUGGAGAAAUUGGCCGCCGGAAGUUUGGAUGAGUUGAAGCAGAAACCAAAGCCGUUGGCUCAACAACCGCAAGCGAAACGCGGACGCAAUCGCAUCGAGCACUGGCAACUCGACAGCAGCUGGGAGUUUAUGGCCAAGCAGGAGACAAAUGGCGGUGACUACGAUGCGACCGCAGCCGAUUGGCAGGAGAAGGAGAAUUCCCUUGGUCGGGAGAAGGAUGCAAAUGGCCCAGGUGCCAAGAAGCGACCACUGACCGUGCACCAGAUCAUUGCCAAGCGUCUGCCCGAUCUCAAUCUGCCGGAGCUCGUGCGUUGCUCGACACCACCGCAAAGCGUGGGCAACGUUGUACCGCUGCAAUCGGUGCCGAGUGCCGGACAGUGUGCGGACAAGGAGAAGGACAAGGACAGUCAAAAGUCAUUCCAGAGUCAGAAUCAGAACCAGAAUUCGAAUCAGAACCAGAAUGGUUGUCGUCUCUCCGCCUAUGACAAUGUGGAGCGCAAUUGUGCUGCCUUCUGUCAGACGUAUUACGGCGGCAUUGACUCGGCACAGUCCGACGAUGGCACCGUCUUCUCCGAGCCGUGGGAUUCAUCGCAAUGGGACUCGUUCAUUCCCAUGCAGGAUGAUGCCACCAUGAACUCGGACACCAUUCACUUGUCGAAGUGCCGACCGGCAUUGUCGGAGGACGAUACGAUCGUUGAGGAAUUCAGCAGCACCAAAGAUGGCAGCAACAGCAGCUGCAACCAGGACACGCUCAAGGCCAACAAGAAUGGCAAUAAUGCCGGCGCUGGCGCAGGCAAUAAUAAUAAUAACAACAAGGCAAUGAGACCUAAAGUGGCCACCAUAUUGAGGAAUCCAAGUAUGCGGGAUCGUGAGAUACUAUGCCAUCCCCGCAACAAGAUGAACGUGCAAAGCAUCGGACCGGGCGACUCGCUGCGCGCCUACACGCUGCAAUUGGCUCAGGAUCCGAGCUCGACAUUCGCACGCAACAUUGAGAACUUUAUCAGCUGCACGAAGGAGUCGCGCGAGGCGGUGCCGCAGGUAAUAAUGCGCAACAUGCGUCAGUUUAUGAGCGGCAUGAAGAACUAUCUGGUCAAGCAUGGCGAGGGCAAAUUCCACGCCGAACUCGAAUCGGCGCGUGCUCGCCUCAAGCCCGAUGAGUUUCUCAAUCUCGACACCAUGCUCGAGACGGUGAUGCAUCAGCUGGUCGUGUUGCCGCUGCGCGAACAUCUCUAUGGCAUCUUCGUCGACUAUUACAAGCGCAGCGAGGACAUUCAGCUCUUGGCGCAAAAUGUGCGUUACGCUUGCGAGCGUGACGCCUCCGAUUUUGGCAUUCGUGCCACCGUGACGCCACCAUCACAGACCGCCUUGCGUCUGAUUGCCAAUCUGCUGUGGCGUUUGCAGGAGGCCGAACUGCCGCUGGACAAGCUGGAGCUCUUCUUGUGCGUCAUCUCGACGGUGUUCGAUGCCACCGGUUGUCCGCGUGGCCAGCAGCUGGGCGCCGAUGAUUUUCUGCCCGUGCUCGUCUAUGUGGUGGCCAAAUGUGGCUUCGUUGGCGCCGAAAUCGAGGCCGAGUUCAUGUGGGGUCUGUUGCAGCCAACGCUGCUCAACGGCGAGCCAGGCUAUUAUCUGACGGCGCUCUGCAGUGCCGUCCAAGUGCUCAAGACAUUCAUGGCCUCCGAGGGCGAAAGCGGCAGCGGUUCACUCGAUUGGCGUUCCAGCUGUUUGCCCGCCUGCUCGAGUGUGCUGCGCGUCAUCAUACCCGACGAGUGCAACGGCUCGCUGCAGACACGCACGUUGCCCGUGCGUCCGCAUACCACAACGCGCGAAGUGUGCCGGAUAAUCGCACACAAGGCGCGCAUCACCAAUCCCCAGGAUUAUGCGCUGUUCAAGCUCGUGGAUGGCGAGGAGACGCUGCUCACGGAUGCCGAGUGUCCGCAGGACGCACGAUUGGCGGCCAAGGGCAAACACUGCAUGUUGGCCUAUAAACGCAUCGAUGCGAAGAUCGCUUGGCCAACAGCCGCUCAGCCGGGCAGCCAUUGAAGCACACACACACACACACACACACACACACAUCUAUGCUAGGACUAUGCCACGCCUCCCCCUCCGCACACAUCUUGCUCACUAACCAAGGCGAAAGGAAGCCAACCCAACAAGAAGAACACAAGCAUAUUUGAUUAAUAAUUUAUUAUUAUUACAUUAAAAUAUACUUAGUAGACGAUAAGUAAAGCUAAUACAUCUAAUGUGUACUAAACAACAACAGUAUUGAGUUAAGAGCGCCCCCAAAAUAAUACUAAUCUAUGUUCUUUUUUUUUUGUUCACUCAAUCAUCUUGUCAAUCAUCAAACCAAUCAUUCGAAUCAAAAACAAAAAAAAACAAAAACAAAAACAAAAACCGAGCAAGCGUGUUUGUUCGACAAAUCAAACUUUUUUUUUGCUAAUAAAUAUACGAUUAAAAUAUAUUAAACAUAAA